AUGUCGCCAGUCCCGCGCGGAGAAACACCUGUAUCUUUCAAGCCUAAUGUCAACCGAGCAAAGACAAAACGCUGGGUAGAAGCGAAGAAGUACUCGUACGAUGGAAACGACUGGGGCGACGAUGAGUACGGCGAGUAUGAUGACGACGAGCCUCCACCGGUUCCGCAACACAACCUGAAUCAAAGCACCGGGGAUCUUCCGAGCAUGUUCACCAGGGAUGUCUCCCGACCGCCACUCCCAUCGAUGGAUCGAUCCCGAUCGAUGGACCAAGUCGCGACUCUUGGAGGAGAUUCGAUUCGCGCUCAGCCUGCAGACCCGACCGUCGUCGAGCCCGCUACGCGCACCGUCCCAAUCGUUCGCCCGGUCGAUAUCUACAAGCGAAUGAGAUCAGCAGGCGCGGUGCCGCAGGAUCGCAACGCCGCUCAGUCAGGCGCAGGUCCUUUCAAUGCGACAACGACAGCGACUGUUCCAGGCCUGACAUCUGCUGAACUCCACUUACCAUCUAGCCACGAAGCACCGGCCGGGACAGGUGACUACAAGCCUUUCCGACCGCAAGACGCUGUUGACGGUGGGCAGGAUGCGCAAGCGCUUCACGUCACUCACCCAGCUGAGGCAGCAGGAGGUGGCGCACCGGCGAUUCAGCUCCCAGAUGUGGAACGUCUUUCAAGCUUCGCCCCGGACUUCUCGGGCGACUCAUAUUUCCCUACUUCUGAAGCCCAAGGGUCAGAACCUGAGCAACACCAACUCCAGCACAAUCCGUCCAUGGGAUUCCGUUCUGUGGUUCAUCAAGCCUUCGAUGUACCUGACACUCCCAGUACGACGGUCGACAGUGUUGCACGGUCAAACAGCGAUAGUACCUCGGUGAUCAGUCCCAUCAUUCCGCAGCGAAGCCAGAGCGAUAUCAAAACACCCACGAUUCUGGAAGAGCCGGGUGAGAGAACACCCCCGCCCAAGGAUGCGAGUGACACCCUAGUCUUCAAACCGGGUCAUCGUCGAGAUAUUAGCCUGCCCAGUCCAAACAACAGCCCCUCGAGGACCCCUAGGAUUACCAAUGUUCAAACCGCCCAACCGUCCGCAACAGGCGAGAUGUCUGUGGAGACACCGGUCGCGUCUUCCUUCCAUUCACAGUCAGGCGAACAAACGCCGCAAGAAGCUCUUGUGCACGACGCAGCACCCGGUCCCGAUCACCCUGCUCCUCUGAGCAUCGGGUCCCAUCCUGUGACAUCAGCGCCUACAGUCACGCAUGAUGGGGUGCCUAUCAUUAUACCCUCCAUGAGCACCGACAAUUCGCCCCAAGACACGGAGAGUGACCGCCUGCGAAAGGAGAUCAUGCGGACAUUGAGUCGCGAGACCACCCCCUCGAAGGAGCAAGAGGAAGAGGAGCCCGCAAGUCGGCCAGAGGCUGAACGCCAGGACAGCCUCAUACCUAGCGAAUACGAGAGGUAUUGGAGCGCUGCAGAGUCUACUACAAGCCCUGUAGCCAUUGACCAGGCAACUCCAGAUUACGUCGCUUCUCCGGUUGCCCUGCAGGGAUCAACCAUUCAGGACUUGCCUCCUGCUGCUUCCGAGCCAAUCACAUCUCCUGCAACGGAGUCUUCCAAGCCAAAAUUGGCACGACGUUUCUCGUGGGAGUCUUCUUCCUCGUCCGAGGAGCCUGCGCCGGCAGCAGGUGUGCAGUCACCUCCUAUUCCUAUGCCGGGACAGUUUCCUGUCUCCCGUGAGAACCCACUUCAACCAUCUCCGGCGGCCGAUGUGACGAGUCCCACCGCGGCGGAAGCUAUACCGGCGGAAGCCAUUCCAGCCCAGACCGUUACUUCCAAGGAGGAGCCCCUCAACAAGGCCCCCGAGGAGAGCGACAGCUCGGCCGGGCCUGAGACCGAAAAGCCCAAACUAACCAUCCUGCCCCCGGUCCCCGACGAUCGGAGUAUCAUCUCCGACGGACAACUGCCCGAAGUCUACCACGCGGAAGCCAUCCCAAACAGCUAUGCCGACACUAACCAAGACAACAACGCACCAGCAUUUUCCGGAGACUACAACCAACACCAGCAAAUCCCGCGGUGGACACCGACGGCGCCGGCCUCAGUCGAACCGACCCUCCUCGGCUUCCGCGAGAUUCUGGCGAUGAAGACCUCCGAGGACCGGGUGCAGGCCUUCAACGACACGCGGGCCAAAUUCGCCACCAUCGACACGGGGCUCGCCCACUGGAUCCAGGUCACCGUGCACUCACACCCGGAGCACGCGGACGUGGUCGACAAGAGCGCCAAGCUGGCCACCGGUGCCGUGCCGUCCCAGCUGGGGGCCGGGGCCGGCGUCGGCGUCACCCGCAAGAAGUUCCCCAAGCUCUCGUCGCUCGGCAAUUUCGGGUCCUCCUCGCAGCUCGACGUGUCCGCCGGCGGCGGUGCGCCCUCGGGAUCCGGAGUACCUGCAGGUGGCCACGCGCGCCGCCCGUCCGCCCCGCUAGGCGCCAUGAUGAAUAAACAGCAGGUCGAGCAACGGGGCAAGGAACUGCUGCACUCGGCCGGGGUGCUAGGCGGGAGGGCGGGCGAAGCGGCCAAGGGGCUGUUCGCGCGAGGCCGGAGUAAGCUGAAGGGAGGAGGGAUCGGGGGUCAUUCUGAGAAGGUAGAUUCUUGA